AUGGCCCAGCCGAGGGUUAACGGCGAGGGCAGCCGGACUCCGAGCAGCGAUGGCCGGGGGUCUGAAUUGGGCUGGCCGUCCCUUGCCCACAGCCUCAGACAGCCAUUCAGAGCGUCCAGCCCACUCACUCUGUCUCACCUGGACAUGUGGGACAUGAAGUCCCCUUUCAGAGCUCAGUCCCCAGUAUGGAGCAGCAAGGAAGUUAUGUCUGGGGCCGGAAUCUUCUCUACACACAAGGCCAGUUCCCCCGGUAGCGACUCUGAGACCAGCCUCAGGCCCGGCCCAGGAAUGAGACGGUGGCAGUCCCUGUCGCGCCUGGGCCCCGAGGGCGCCCCGCGGUCCCUGUCCCCCUCCCCGGGGGCCGAUCUCCGAGCGGCUCUGAUGGAGAGCGGGGCGAGGAGGGCGGAGCUGGUGCAGAGGCUUCGGGAGGCCCAGGAGAGGCUGGACAGCCAGACGGAGCUGCUGAAGGCCAGGGACACGCAGCUGCAGCACAGCCACACCAGCACACAGCUGCUGGAGCUCAGGCAGAAGCAGCUGGCAGAUGCCGUGAGCGCUCUGGAACAGGAGAAGGAGACGGCCGAGCUGUGCCGAUUUGAGGAGAGCCGUCGCCGCGGUGAACUGCAGGACAAGGUCCUGCAGCUGGAGCUGGACAUGCUGAAGAUGAGAUCUUCCCUGGAGAAGAGGGCCUGUUCUCAGCCAACGCUCCAUCAGGCCCUCGCCCCACUCGGUAGCGCCACCUACAGUUCCCCUCUUCGUAAAACAAUGCCCACCACUCAGGAAGACUUCAGCAAGCAGAGGAGGCGCCAGGUGGAGAGGGAGCUGAGGGAGGCCAGAGACGCCCUGAGAGAAACACAGGAGAGACUCCAGUCUCAGGAGGAGGAGAGAGAGCAGGCUCUCCAGGAUCUCUGCUCAGCCAAAGAGAAUCAGUGGACGGUGAAGAGCCAGGUGGAGGAGGCCAAGGAGAGGCUGAGUGGCUCUAUGCGAGCGCAGAGCGAGCUGCAGGACCAGCUGAGUGAAGCCCGCAACCACCUGGGACAGGCAAGCCUGGAGAGAGAUCUGCUGUCCUCCAAAGUGCUGAGGAUGGAGGACAGCCUGGAGGAUGUGAAGAUCAGGCUGUCUGCAGCGAUGGCUGAUAAAGACCGCAUCAUGCAGGAGAAGGCAGAGCUACACCAGCGUGUUCAGAGCCUGGAGCUGCAGUUGGAGAGGGCCCAGUACGGGCGAGAGGGCUUCACUGACCAGGUGUGUGAGCUGCACAGGGAGCUGGUGGACGCCAAGGCCCAGGUUAACCGGCAGGAGCAGGAGAAGGUCCACAUGAAGGAAGAGCUGCUCUCUCUGACAGAGUCACACAAGGCAGUGUCGACAGAGUUAAGGGAGACCAGACAGAGGCUGGAGGCAGUGUCGGGGAAGCUACAGGAACUGGAGGGCGAGAAGGUGAUUCACACCAAUCAGAUAGUGGCACUGGAGACCGAACGCUCGCAGCUGAUUGGAGAGAAGGAGGAGCUGGAGAUGGAGAGCGUAGCACAGCGGAGCAGCCAGGAGGAAGUGACAGAGUUCAGAGAAUCCCAGAAUUCCCUGCUGCUGGAGAACCAGGAGCUGCAAAGUAAGUGCCAGAUACUGGAGGCAGGGAUUCUUGUGAAGGAGGCAGCGCUCCGGCAGAAGGAAGCAGAGCUCCAGCAGAGGGAGGUGGAUCGUGCGCAGGUAGAAGCGGAUAUGGCGGAGAAGGUGGAGGAGCAGAGGAGCGUGGGGUCACACUGGAAGGAGAGGUGGCAGGAGGUGACGACGGCACUGAGGACCACCCAAGACCAGCUGGAGGAGGCUAGCCGGCAGCACUCAGCAGAAACGUCCCAGCUAGAGGCAGGGAUUCUCGUGAAGGAGGCAGAGCUCCAGCAGAAGGAAGCAGAGCUCCAGCAGAAGCAGGCAGAGCUCCAGCAAAGGGAGGAGGAUAUGGCGGAGAAGGUGGAGGAACAGAGGAGCUUGGGGUCACACUGGAAGGAGAGGUGGCAGGAGGUGACGACGGCACUGAGGACCACCCAAGACCAGCUGGAGGAGGCUAGCCGGCAGCACUCGGCAGAAAUGUCCCGGCUGAGACAGGAGACAGCAGAACUGGCCCAGGAGCUGGAGAAGCUUCAGAGGGAGGCCCAAAGCAGCCGGGAGCAGAUGCAGACCGUGCUGCAGCAGAAGGCAGAAAUGGAAGAGGAGCUCAAUAGAGUCAAGAAGGAGGAAGGCACUCUGGUGAAAGUGGAGCUGGAUGCCGGCAGGCAGCAGCUGGACCUGGAGAAGAGCAGGAGCCAGGCUUUACUGCAGCAGCUGAGCAGCCCUGAAGUGGAUGGGGAGCUGGGGCAGAUGAGGGCGGAGCUCCAGAAGGUGUGGGACAUGUUGCGUGAGCGGGACACUGAGCUGGAGGAGCAUCAGCAGGAGCUGCAGUCUGCACGCGGGCAGGUGUCGCAGCAAAGCAGCGAGGUGCAGAGGCUGGAGCAGCAGCUGACGGAUAUGGAUGAAGAGCUGGAGAAGAAGGACCAAGCUCUGAGGAGUGCUGAGAGGCUGCGAGACGCAGAGCGGACCGAGACACAGAUCACCAUCUCCUUACUGGAGAUGAAGCUGGCAGAACUGAUGGAGCUGGGAGUUACAGAGACAGACAGGAAACAAGGUCCAGAGUGUAGCAGAUGCUCUGGCCCUGCGACGUCACAAACAGACUCCCUGCAAGCUGAGUUGGAGGAGAUGAGGAACAGGAAUGCGCAGCUGCAGCAGGAGAGAGACAAGGUUGUGCAGACUCUACAGCAGCUGCAGCAGCGGAAAACAGAGAGAGUGCUUCCUGAGAACAAGAAGGAGAUUCGUCCGGAAAACCUGGACCACGACAAGCAGAGGAGGCUGGUCACCGAGCAGCUGAAGAGUCUGUUCAAGGAGAGAGAGCAGCUCGGCCGGGCGUACCACAAAUCAGCGGCCACGCAAAGGGGGUCGCAAUCGCUGCAGGACUGGACGGCAGAGUCAAAGGUCGUAAAGAAUGCCGUGGACAUGCUAGCCGACCAGAAGAGGAGGGAACAAGAGCUCCAGAAGGACAGGAACAGUCUGCCAGGGGCAACACAGAGGGAUGUGCCCAAUGAACAGCAGGGGGCGCCAGAUAUACCAGAGCUUCAGGGCAUGCAAGAGCAAAUGUCGAAGCUCAAAGAUGAGCUCCAGAAGAACAGGAACAGUCGGCCAGGGGCAACACAGAGGGAUGUGCCCAACGAACAGCAGGGGGCGCCAGAUAUAUCAGCGCUUCAGGGGAUGCAGGAGCAAAUGGUCAAGCUUAAAGAUGAGCUCCAGAGCAAGACUGACAGGGUGAGUAUGUCAGCAAUGAGUGUGGAAAUCUGCAAUCUGAGAGAGAGAAAUGAGAAUCUCCUGACAGCCAAGCUCAGAGUCCAGCAGCAGAUACAGGGGCUGAGAGGGACAGUGCCACCAGGAGAGAGGAAGGAGCAGGGAGGUCCCCAGCUGUCUGCAGAGGGCAAGAGGAAGCUGGAGACCUCCUUCAACCCUGCAGAUGGGACAUAUCUGGCCAAACCGGUGACUGUUGUGGGCUCUGAGGAAGAGGAUGGUGACAAGAAGGAAGAAGAGGUGAAGGCGGCACUGGUUGGGGAAGCUGAGGAGAGCAGCCCGCAGGACCCCGGGCCUUCGUGUGAUUGCCUCCCUUCCCCCGUCCCCCCUACCGGCACAUCCACGCCCCGGCUCCAUGCCGACUCCCCCAACAACCUCAGCCUCCAGGCCCCCUCACCCGACCUGUCCCUCAUCUCUCCCCGCAGCUGGGGAGGGUCCCAGGAAUGCCUGUUCUCCCCACGGCCUUACCGCUCACGGGCCACCAGAAGCUUCCCCCCUGCGGAGAGCCUCAACAGUGCCUCCUCUUCUCCCAGGAUAGAGCUGGAAUGUAAGAGGCAGUGA